GGGCAAAUCGAAUAUAACAAAUUGUUGUACUAUACAAAAGUUUGGACAAGUCAAAGCAUGCUCUACUUGUACUACACAACAGCUCAACUACAAACCACAUAUAAUUAAGAAACCAUAAACAGAAACAAAGAAAAUCACAACUCUUCUCUUUAAUUUUUUUUGUCUUAAACAAAAGCUCUCAGAAUCCUACCGUUACCAAGCCAUGGAUCAUGACAACAUGCAUAACAUGGCACCACCAUCAUCAUCAAUGGCAAAUCAAACCAACCCCGACAUGAUGAUGACGAUGCACAUGACGUUCUUCUGGGGUAAGAACACGGAGGUUCUCUUCUCCGGAUGGCCAGGGACAAGCUCCGGUAUGUACGCUCUUAGCCUCAUCGUUGUUUUCCUCUUCGCCGUAAUCACCGAGUGGCUCGCCCAUUGUCCUAUCCUCCGUGGUGGUGGCUCCACUAGCUUCGUCUCCAGGAUCGUUCAGACCGCCGUGUACACCCUCAGGGUUGGUUUCUCCUAUCUUGUGAUGCUCGCGGUGAUGUCCUUUAACGGCGGUAUUUUUAUCGCCGCUAUGGCUGGGUUUGCCGUCGGUUUCUUGCUCUUCGGAAGCUCUGCCGUCAAGAAACCGUCCGAUGACCAGAAAACCGCCAAAACUCCCCCGCUGUCAUCAGGUGGCGUUUGAUGAAAAUAUCUACUAUAAGGAACUUUCUAUUUGUGUGUGGUUUGCUUUGCUUUGGAUUUUAAUAUUUCGUUUUGGCUUUGUCAAAAAGAAAAAAAAUAUAUAUUUCGUUUUGGUUAAGUUGAUUAAUAUUAGUGGAUGUUAUAUAUUUUCAAUUGAUUUUCUUUGGUAGUUGUACAAUAGUUUCAACAAUGAAUUUGAUUUUUGGAAUUAUGGUAGUUAAUAUAUAUAUGUAUGUAUUAUGAUUUGAACCACAAAUUUACAAGAACAAACGCUGUCCAUUGAAUGUUAUUGUAACCCUAUCUGUAAUCCAUUGGUUUAAGUCAGUCUUCUCCAGAGAAA